GACCUCGUUCCCGCUCUGUGGUUGAACAGCAACCAAAUAAGGAAAUGACGUUGAGCACACGCCGCCAUGGUCCGAAAUAGAAAGUGAUGCAGGCGCCCGGCAGGCACGACGUGGGUUAAAGAAGGUUCAGGGCCUCCAAGUGGUAUAAGAAUGGGUGACAUAUCAGGAGAGCCCAGUUUCUACUCCAAUGCUGAGGGCUAUUGGAAGGACGUUCCCCCUACUGUGGACGGCAUGCUUGGAGGCUACGGAAGCAUCUCCAGCAUCGAUAUCAAUGGUUCCAAGGCCUUCCUUCGCAAGUUCCUGGGUGAAGGCGAGGGGAAGACGAACGCAGGCUGCGCUUUAGACUGCGGCGCCGGCAUCGGGAGGAUCUCCAAACGUUUGCUGCUGCCUCUCUUCAAGACGGUGGACCUGGUGGACGUGACGCAGGAGUUCCUGGACAAAGCAAAGACAUACCUCGGGGAGGACGCCAAGAGAGUGGGCAACUUCUUCUGCAUUGGCCUACAGGACUUCGUACCAGAGAGUGGACGCUACGACGUCAUCUGGAUACAGUGGGUGAUUGGCCACCUGACUGACGACCACCUGGUGGAAUUCCUGCGGCGCUGCCAGAAGGCUCUGCGGCCCAACGGGCUGGUCAUCAUCAAGGACAACGUGUCUUACCAGGGUGUGGUCCCAGACGAGGUGGACAGCAGCGUGUGUCGAGACCUGGGAAUAGUCCGCCGCCUGGUGGCCAGAGCGGGCCUGAGCGUGGUCUUCGAGGAACAACAAGUGAACUUCCCCAAGGAGAUCUACCACGUCCACACUCUGGCCCUCCAAUAAGACUCGCUAAUAUUCAUAAACCUUCGUCAUCGGUUUUAUUUAUUUUCAACACAUUUUUUAACCAUUAACUUUACGGAAGCAGAAAGUUUUCUGUCUGGAAGCUUAAAUGUCACCCAAGUGUAUUUUAGUCCGGCCUGAAUGUGUUUCACAAGACUGCACCAAGGAGGCGCUACCAGCUCCAAUAAAAAGCACACUGACUGUC